GCAUGGAGAUUCUUGUUGAACUGAAUACUAAGAAUUGAUUGGUGAAGUACACUUGGAUAGGAAAGCCUAACCCUAAUCUAAAGGCCAACAUGAUGAAUAGGUAAGGAGGGAGACAGAUGUUUCCAUCGGUUCUCUAAGAGGAAAGGAAGGAUUGAGUCUCAUCAGCACAGGAAGUGCGGAAGAGUCAGAUCAGGGCUCAUAGAGUAGAGGCAGAUAGAAGAGUUGAGGGAGACCCCCACUCACGACCUCUACUCCCAAUGCCCCUAGUGGUCAUCAUUAGGAUAGUUGGUGCAAGAGGUCGAUGCACUGGAACUCCAUCUCCAACAAUUGUGACUGUGUGAUUGGAAAGGCUGGUGCUACACAACCAAAAGAAACCCCCCUCCUCUCUCUGGAUGAGCUGUUAGGGCACCCUUUGCCUCUUCCCGGGAAUCUUGCUGGCCAGCUAAUUGCUCAGCUAGGGAGGCAUCUGCAGUCAGUGACAUCUAGGACAAUGAGGACUAGUCAUCCUGAAGAGGUGAUAACGCACAAUGUAGCAUUACAGUGUAAGGACUGGAGGGAGGACUAGGCCUCGCUUAGAGCCAAAUCAAAGGGACCAGCUCAGAGGACUGGGCGGGAUUCCUGGCUCCACCCCCAGCAGAAGCUCUGGUCUCCUGGUGAGUCUGUCCCAGGAGGAGGAGGAGAGAGGAGGAGGAGGAGGAGGAGGACCCCGAGGAAGAAGCAGGCCGAGAGCUGCUGGGGAGAUGGGAAGGCCGCAGCCUGUGAGGAAGAAGGACCAGGACAUCCGUGCAAGGCCUCUGGAGGGAAGUGGUUCUUCUGUGAGGAUCGCUGGGGAUCUACAUUGCCAGAACGAGAACAUUGAGGCGCUCCAGAGGAUGAUCAGGGCUUUGCUGGAGGAGGCCCCCUCUGUCUGGAAUUUAAUCAGCAUCUUGAAGGUUGCGAAGAGUCUGCCUUUGCUGUAGGCAGAUCUUUAAGUCCUCACCCACCAGUGACUCCGCCAAGGGCAAGCCCCCCAGAGGGAGGUUCUUUAAAUGGAAACACCGCAUUGAGCCUACUCCAGCACCACCUCCAACUCCCACAGGGGACUCCCCGGCAGUAUCCGGAGUCACCAUCGAUGAGCAGAUCUGACUACUGGGAUCUGACUACUGGAGUGGAGAAAAUGGAAAGAGCUGAGGUAGGGAUCCAUUCAGAAAAGGGCCUUCCUCCCUAGAGCCCAGGACAUUUCUCUGAGAGUCAUUUGCCCCAUACGGGAUCUGAAAGCUCCCACUCUCUGCUCUGAUCCCUUUCCCACUUCUGCAUUAUCCCUGAGAGGCAGAAGCACAAUAUUCCAUGGAGGGGGUGGGGUCCCCAGAAAGGACCUGAGAGCAGCCCACCAAGUAAGGGUGCACGCUCCAUUUCCAGGAAGGCACGGAGAGUCCUUCAUCUCUAACAGCUCAAUGCUUCUAAUAUUCAGGUCAUCCUCUGCUGGACUGAAUUCUUGACGUCCAUUAUUGACGGCAUUAAGGAUGCCAAGUCCUGUGAAAGUGAGAUGCUGUCGUAUGAAAAAGACAAGGCUGUGGAUGCCGUACUAGAGAGUGAGAUGUGGCAGAGAAUGGAAGAUGAUGACCAAGCGCAGGCUCAGUCAAAACCUGACUGCCAAAAGCGUGUGUUUGAGGCUGGUGCUAUGCCAAUGAAGUCCAUGGGUACUGACCAACUCUCUUCUGCUCUUUGAUCUCUGCCAGGAAAUUAUGGAGGACAUCAAGAAGCAUCCAGACCCUGGGUUUCUCUUGAGCCUCACCAUGGACACUCUUACGGAACUCAGCAAAAUGAAGCCAGCUCUGCCGUUCAAUGUAAAAGCAGCCGUCCUGCACAUGGCGGUGUCCGGGGUGGAUCAUCUGGACCCAGGGACCCAGGAGAAAAUGGCAUCCUUCAAGAAGAUGCUCAGGGGGCUGCUGGAGGAUGCCCCCUCUAUCCAGGACACAAUUGGCAUCUUGAAGGAGCUCCACAAGUACAUCAACUCGGAGAAGCCCCGGCUGCAGACUCUGGGCCGAGAAGCCUACAUUGAUGCUCUGGCUCACGUGGCCAGACUGCCCAAUGUGGAAGUAAGUACCCUGCUGUGGACAUGGCUUCAGCAUCCUCUGCUUCAUCUUCUGCUUCAGCAUCCUCUGUGGGACCCCUUGUCAAGUUCCAGGUUCAGAAGAAGACCUCCCAGUGGUCUUUGGUCACACGGGGGCUGCCGGGCAGCAUACUUGCUGGAGAGAGGCUGUUUCCACUGGGGCUCACCGAAUGCCCCUGGGGACAGCAGCAGGGGCAGGAGGAACAGAAGAGAGCUGGGUCCCCCCAGUGUCUCUUCCAGCUGCCCAGUGCCCAGAAGAGCCACGCUACAUCUUUGGGAAUCCUCAACUUUGUAUCCAACUGGAUCAUCUUCAAUUCUUAGCUGCUUUGGAUAUGGUGUCACAUUGACAUGAAAAGUACCAUUUCCAUCUCUAUUUCUGCAGCUGGCCACAUGGAAGGUUUUCUUUCACAAGGCAAAGGAGUUGGAUCAUCAUGAC